GCCACUGUAUUUCGAACUGUCAUUGCAAAAAGAUUAGUCAUCAGCUGGCAAAUUUGUAGCAGAAAAACGCAAUUUUAAUUGAAAACAAUUCCGUAAUUAUUAAAAAAUAUAGCUAGUAAAAUUUGGGAUCAGUUGAUAAAAGUUAAAAAACAGAAGCCACAAUGAAUCGAUUAUUUGGCAAAGGCAAACCCAAGGAGCCAGCACCGAAUCUGAACGACUGCAUCACGGGGGUUGAUGCUCGCGCAAAUAAUAUAGAGGAAAAGAUUACAAAGCUGGACAAUGAACUACGCAAAUAUCGCGAGCAGAUGUCGAAGAUGCGAGAAGGUCCAGCUAAAAACUCUGUAAAGCAGCGGGCAAUGCGUGUGCUCAAGCAGAAGAAGGCCUAUGAACAGCAAGUGGAGGCACUGCGCAAUCA